ACCCACUGCCACAGAUAGCGAUAAAAGUGCUUUUAAAUUCUCACAGUAUCGAAACUCUGCAAGGCUCUGCAUUGACAGUAAAUAAACCACCUACGUGCAUCAGCUCUAAUCUCCUCACAUCCCACUCAAGAGCUCUCGCUAAAGCGAGCGUUCAUCGUCGGAAAGAGGAGGAGGAACGCCACCGAGGUUAUGGCCACGCGGCUCCAGGCACAGAUGCUGGAAAGGCGUUCUGCAUGUUUUACGCGGUGCUUGGGAUCCCUCUGACACUAGUGAUGUUCCAAAGCCUCGGCGAGAGAAUGAACACCUUCGUCAAGUACAUGCUGAAGCGCAUCAAAAAGUGCUGUGGGAUGCGCAUCACAGAAGUCUCCAUGGAGAACAUGGUCACCGUGGGCUUCUUCUCCUGCAUGGGAACGCUCUGCAUCGGCGCGGCAGCUUUCUCCCAUUACGAGGACUGGAGUUUCUUUCAGUCAUAUUACUAUUGUUUCAUAACGCUCACCACCAUUGGGUUCGGGGACUUUGUGGCCCUGCAGAAUAACAAAGCUUUGCAGAGAAAGCCACUCUAUGUGGCGUUCAGCUUCAUGUACAUCCUAGUGGGGCUGACGGUCAUCGGGGCCUUUCUCAACCUGGUGGUCCUUCGUUUCCUGACCAUGAACAGCGAGGAUGAGCGGCGGGACGCUGAGGAGAGGGCUUCCCUGGCGGGGAACCGCAGUAGCAUGAUUAUCCACAUCCAGGAGGACACGCUCCAGAGGAGUCGACGGAGACGAGAACAGCAGCAGCAGUGCUACAGAUCCGAGGUCACCGAUCUCCAGUCCGUUUGCUCCUGCAUGCACUACCAUUCGCAUGAGUUCGGGAGCUCGGUCGGCCUCGGGUUGGGAAUGGGAGGAGGAGGAAGCAGCGGCGGUGGCACGUUUCCACACCAGAACUCAUUCGGCUCCCAGUUGAGCCCUCAUCAGUACCAUCACUACCACUCAACGGUGUCCUACCGCAUAGAGGAGAUCUCGCCGAGCACGCUGAAAAACAGUUUCCUUCCCUCUCCCAUCAGCUCCGUCUCGCCCGGGCUGCACAGCUUCACGGAAAACCUCCGGCUGAUGAGAAGACGCAAGUCCAUCUGAGGACCGACGGCAAUUGCUGAACACACAUAUCCAAUGCUGCUGCUCUACCAAACCUCAUUCCGGCACUUUUUUCGUCAUUUUCAGGCUCUUGCUAGAUGACGUCGGACCAUAAGGACAUUUGAUCGCUCGGUGGAUAUAUUGGAACUUCGUUAAAAAGCAUGAAGCAUGGAUGUCUAUUUUUACAGAAAACAUCGCCUGGGCCUUCUUCGCCCUUUUGAGCAGCACCUCAGUGGAUUUGGAUAUAAUAAUACUAUCCUGAUAUCUUAUCAGAUGAUGCACACUUGUGUUUUGAAUAAUACAGA